CGGGCCGGCGCCAGGGGGCUGUCAUUCUCCGCGCGGGUCGCCGCCCUCAGCUGCACCAGGCGGUUCCGGCUCCUCCUUCUCCCGCGCCUCGGCCCCACCAUGGUACUGGAGUCGGUGGUCGCGGACCUGCUGAACCGCUUCCUGGGGGACUAUGUGGAGAACCUGAACAAGUCCCAGCUGAAGCUGGGCAUUUGGGGCGGUAAUGUGGCUUUAGAUAAUCUACAAAUAAAAGAAAAUGCUCUGAGUGAAUUGGAUGUUCCUUUUAAAGUCAAGGCUGGCCAGAUUGAUAAAUUAACUUUGAAGAUUCCUUGGAAGAACCUUUAUGGAGAAGCUGUUGUUGCGACCCUAGAGGGAUUAUACCUGCUUAUUGUCCCAGGAGCAAGUAUUAAAUAUGAUGCUGAAAAAGAAGAAAAAUCCUUGCAAGACAGUAAACAGAAAGAGCUAUCCCGAAUUGAAGAAGCCCUUCAAAAAGCAGCAGAAAAAGGCGCACAUUCAGGGGAGUUCAUAUAUGGCUUGGAAAGCUUUGUUUACAAGGACAUCAAGCCUGGACGUAAACGUAAAAAGCACAAAAAACAUUUUAAGAAACCUUUUAAAGGUCUUGAUCGCUCAAAAGACAAACCAAAAGAAGCCAAAAAGGAUACAUUUUUGGAAAAAUUGGCAACUCAAGUAAUUAAAAAUGUGCAAGUAAAAAUCACAGACAUUCACAUUAAAUAUGAAGAUGAUGUGACAGAUCCAAAGCGGCCCCUUUCAUUUGGUGUCACACUGGGAGAACUUAGUCUGUUGACUGCAAAUGAACAUUGGACUCCAUGCAUAUUAAAUGAAGCAGAAAAAAUUAUAUACAAGCUUAUACGACUUGAUAGUCUCAGUGCCUAUUGGAAUGUUAACUGCAGCAUGUCUUACCAGGGAACAAGGGAGCAGAUCUUGGAUCAACUGAAAAGUGAAAUUCUUACAAGUAGCAGUGUACCCCCAAACCAUCAAUACAUUUUCCAGCCAAUAUCAGCCUCUGCAAAACUCUACAUGAAUCCUUAUGCAGAAGCAGAACUCAAAACACCUAAACUUGAUUGGAACAUAGAAGUACAAAAUAUUGCCAUUGAACUGACCAAACCUCAGUACUUAAGUAUGAUUGACUUUUUGGAGUCAGUGGAUUAUAUGGUUAGAAAUGCUCCUUACAGGAAAUACAAACCUUAUUUACCGCUUCAUAACCAUGGUCGACAAUGGUGGAAAUAUGCAAUUGAUUCUGUUCUUGAAGUUCAUAUAAGGAGGCAUACACAGAUGUGGUCAUGGAGUAACAUAAAAAAACACAGGCAGUUGCUCAAGAGUUAUAAAAGUGCCUACAAAAAUAAGCUAACCCAGACUAAAGUCCCAGAAGAAAUACAGAAGCAAAUUCAGGAUUUGGAGAAGACUCUAGAUGUUUUUAACAUAAUUUUAGCAAGGCAGCAAGCACAAGUUGAGGUGAUUCGAUCUGGGCAGAAAUUAAGGAAAAAGUCUGCUGAGACAGGAGAAAAACGUGGAGGCUGGUUUAGUGGGUUUUGGGGUAAGAAGGAAUCUAAGAAAAAAGAUGAAGAAUCUCUGAUUCCUGAAACUAUUGAUGACCUUAUGACUCCGGAGGAAAAGGAUAAGCUCUUCACGGCUAUUGGCUAUAGUGAGAGUGCCCACAACCUGACUUUACCAAAGCAGUAUGUCGCUUAUAUAGUGGCUCUGAAGCUAGUAAGCACCUCUGUUACAAUAAGAGAAAACAAAAAUGUUCCAGAAAUACUAAAAAUUCAAAUAAUUGGCCUGGGUACCCACGUAUCUCAGCGACCAGGAGCACAAGCACUUAAGGUGGCAGCAAAAUUAGAACACUGGUAUAUAACAGGUCUGAGACAGCAAGAUAUUAUACCAUCUCUUGUGGCUUCAAUUGGUGAUACUGCAUCAUCCUUGCUUAAAAUCGAAUUUGAAACCAAUCCAGAGAAUAGUACUGCUGACCAGACUCUGGUUGUUCAGUCUCAGCCUGUAGAGGUCGUCUAUGAUGCUAAAACCAUCAAUGCAGUGGUUGAAUUCUUUCAAUCAAAUAAGGGAUUAGAUCUUGAGCAAAUAACAUCAGCUACCUUGAUGAAGCUGGAAGAAAUUAAAGAGAGAACAGCUACAGGACUUACACAUAUUAUUGAAACUCGAAAAGUCCUUGAUUUAAGGAUAAAUCUGAAGCCUUCUUACCUAAUAGUUCCACAGACAGGUUUCCACCACGAAAAGUCAGAUCUUCUUAUUUUAGAUUUUGGUACAUUUCAGCUUAAUAGUAAAGAUCAAGGUUUGCAGAAGACUAAUAAUUCAUCUCUGGAAGAAAUAAUGGAUAAAGCAUAUGACAAGUUUGAUGUCGAAAUAAAAAAUGUACAACUACUCUUUGCAAGAGCAGAGGAAAACUGGAAAAAGUGUCGAUUUCAGCAUCCAUCAACUAUGCAUAUAUUGCAACCCAUGGACAUUCAUGUUGAGGUCGCAAAGGCAAUGGUAGAAAAAGAUACUCGAAUGGCCAGAUUUAAAGUCUCCGGAGGGCUUCCUCUGAUGCAUGUGAGAAUUUCAGACCAGAAGAUGAAAGAUGUGCUGUCUUUGAUUAAUAGUAUACCCUUGCCACAGAAACCAUCUGCACAGACUCCAACUCCAGAGAGACAGAUAUCCACCAUUCCUAUUAUAUCAGAUAGGACAAAAGACCUGCUUGGUACACCACUGUUGCUGGAUGGAGUGGAAUCAGAGUCUGAUGAUGAAUAUUUUGAUGCUGAGGAUGGAGACACACAGAUGGAUAAAAGCAUAAAAGGGUCAGGACUAAAAAAAGGUGCUGAGGUCCCAAAUGAGGAGUUGAUUAAUCUUCUACUGAAAUUUGAAGUUAAAGAGGUAAUUUUGGAGUUUACCAAACAACAGAAAGAAGAAGAUACGAUUCUGGUGUUUAAUGUUACUCAGUUAGGAACAGAGGCUGCAGUGAGAACAUUUGAUUUAACUGCAGUAUCUUAUUUAAGGAAAAUCAGCUUGGAUUACCAUGAAAUUCAAGGAUCCAAAAAGAAGCCCCUUCACUUGAUUAGUUCUUCUGACAAACCUGGAUUAGAUCUUUUAAAGGUGGAGUACAUUAAGGCUGAUAAGAAUGGACCCAGUUUUCAAACUACUUUUGAAAAAACUGAACAAACACUUAAGGUGGCUUUUUCAUCUUUAAAUCUGUUGCUGCAUACACAAGCUCUUCUCUCGUCUAUUAAUUACCUGACAACCAUUAUUCCAUCAGAUGGCCAAAAGAUGGAUGAUACCAAGGAAGUGCAAGUGUCUACUGAAAAGCAGCAAAAAAAUUCAGCUCUGCAGAAAGUGAUUGUGUCCUCUAAAGACAGUGACAUUAUUUACUUCAAGCUGUUUGCUAAGUUGAAUGCUUUCUGUGUCUUUGUUUGUGAUGAGAAGACCAAUAUUGCUGAAAUCAAGAUUCAAGGGCUCGAUUCUUUCCUUUCUCUUCAGUCAAGAAAACAGUCACUGUUUGCCAGACUGGAAAAUAUUAUUGUCACAGAUGUUGAUCCUAAGACAGUUCAUAAAAAAGCUGUGUCAAUAAUGGGAAAUGAAGUUUUUCAUUUUAACUUGGAUUUGUAUCCAGAUGCUACUGAGGGGGAUUCCUAUACUGACAUGUCCAAAGUGGAUGGUGUGGUAUCACUGAACGUUGGCUGUAUUCAGAUUGUCUAUCUCCAUAAAUUCCUCAUGUCACUUCUGAGCUUCCUGAACAAUUUCCAGACAGCCAAAGAGGCUCUGAGUGCUGCCACUGCCCAGGCUGCAGAAAAGGCUGCCACAAGUGUGAAAGAUCUUGCCCAGAGGAGUUUUCGUGUUUCUAUCAAUGUUGAUUUGAAAGCACCAGUUAUAAUCAUUCCACAAUCUUCUGUUUCCACCAAUGCAGUAGUGGUAGAUCUUGGAUUAAUCAGAGUUCAGAAUCAGUUCAGUCUGGUAUCUGGUGAAGACUACUCAGACCCUCCAGUAAUUGAUAGAAUGGAUGUGCAGCUAACAAAGCUUAAGCUUUCUAGGACAGUGAUCCAGCCAGGCUCCUGUCAUCCUGAUAUUCAGCUGUUGCAUCCAAUUAACUUGGAGUUGUCUGUAAAUCGGAAUCUAGCUGCAUCUUGGUACCACAAAAUGCCUGUUAUGGAAAUUAAUGGGCAUCUUGAGUCAAUGAAUGUUAAUCUAAAUCAAGAAGAUCUUAAUCUUUUAUGUAGAAUACUAGCAGAAAAUCUUGGUGAGGUUACUGAAGAAUUGAAUAAAGUGGAACCAAGAGUACAAGAGACAGGUAAAAUUAAAGAGCCACUUGAAAUCUCUACAUUAAAACAAGAUGUGCGUGUUUCACAAGACACUUUAACAGCUGGAGAGGAAGAAAUUAGAUCUGUAGACAUUGUUAAUAUGCUGCUGAAAUUUGAAAUCAAAGAGGUUGUGAUUACUUUGAUGGAAAAAGCAGAAAAGAAAGGAAAGCCUUUACAUGAACUAAAUGUCCUACAGCUUGGACUGGAAGCUAGAAUUAAAGCCUAUGACCUGACUGCUGAAGCUUACUUAAAAAAAAUUAGUAUGCGAUGCUUUGAGUUUGCUGACUCUAAGGGAGAACCUCUUCACAUUAUUAACUCUUCUAAUGCAACAAAUGAACACCUUCUAAAAAUGUUAUUGACAAAGGCGGACAGUGAUGGACCAGAAUUUAAAACCACUCAUGACAAUACCAAACAAAGACUCAAGGUUUCAUUUUCAUCCUUAGACUUAGUUCUUCAUUUGGAAGCUUUACUGUCCUUAAUGGAUUUUUUAUCAUCUGCUAUUCCAUCUUCUGAACCUUCUAAGAAGGAAUCGGCGCUGAAACCACUUGUUGGGGAGUCCAGAAGUAUCAUUGCCAAAACUGUAUCCAGCCACACUUCUCAAGACAGUGUGUUUGAUUUAAAGGUCAUAGCUGAAUUGAAUGCCUUUAAUAUCUUUGUCUGUGAUCAGAAGUGUAACAUUGCAGAUAUUAGAAUACAUGGAAUGGAUGCCUCUGUUUCUGUGAGGCCAAAGCAGACUGACGUGUUUGCCAGACUUAAGGAUAUUAUAGUUACAAAUGUUGAUUUGCUGUCCAUUCACAAAAAGGCUGUCUCUAUUUUGGGAGAUGAAGUCUUUAGGUUCCAAAUGACUCUUUAUCCAGACGCCACAGAAGGAAAGGCCUAUGCUGAUAUGUCUAAAGUAGAUGGCAGACUUAGUCUCAAAGUGGGUUGUAUUCAGAUUGUGUAUGUUCAUAAAUUCUUCAUGUCUCUUUUGAACUUCCUCAACAAUUUUCAAACUGCCAAAGAAGCUUUGAGCACAGCUACAGUCCAGGCUGCAGAAAGAGCUGCUUCCAGCAUGAAAGACUUGGCUGAAAAGAGUUUCCGCCUUUUGAUGGAUAUAAAUUUGAAAGCACCAGUCAUUAUCAUUCCUCAGUCUUCAGUAUCACCUAAUGCUGUUAUAGCAGAUUUGGGUUUAAUCAAAGUUGAAAACAAAUUUAGCAUAGUUUCUAUGGACACUUCUCUUCCCCCUGUCAUUGACAAAAUGGACAUCCAACUCACUCAGCUGAAGCUGUCCAGAACAAUUUUGCAGGCGGGCUUGCCACAACAUCCACAACAUGAUAUUGAAAUUUUAAAACCAGUCAACAUGCUUUUAUCCAUACGGAGAAAUUUAGCAGCAACAUGGUAUGGGCAAAUUCCAGGGAUGGAGAUAAAAGGAAAACUAAAACCUAUGCAGGUUGCUCUCAGUAAAGAUGACUUAACAGUUUUAAUGAGAAUUUUGCUAGAGAAUCUUGGAGAAGCUUCCUCACAGCCAAGCCCUACACAGCCGACCCAGGAGGCUGUAAGAGUAAUAAAAGAUGUUUCAAGUAAACUUGACCACCUCAAAGAACAAGAAGAUUUGACAGACUCAAAGCUUUCUUUGGACCAGAAUGUUACUCUCCAGUUUGACUUUCACUUUGAAUCUCUUUCUGUUGUACUUUAUAACAGUGAUACCAGCCAGGAAUCCAAACUUUCAUUUCAUAAUGACAAUUUCCGGCUUGGUGAACUCAGACUACAUCUUAUGGCCUCUGCGGGGAAGAUGUUUAAGGAUGGCUCAAUGGAUAUCAGUGUUAAACUUAAGACAUGCACCCUUGAUGAUCUCAGAGAAGGAAUUGAGAGAGCAACAUCAAGAAUGAUUGAUAAAAAAAAUGGCCAAAAUGACAAUAGUUCUAUGAUUGACAUAAGUUACAAACAAGGCAAAAAUGGAAGUCAUGUUGAUGCCGUUCUUGACAAGCUGUAUGUAUGUGCCAGUGUGGAAUUUCUGAUGACUGUGGCAGAUUUCUUCAUCAAAGCUGUACCUCAGAGUCCAGAAAAUACAACAAAAGAGUCACAGAUUCCACUGCGACAGACUGCCUUAGCAAAAAUCAAGAUGGAGAAAGAUGAUUCUGUAAGACCAAAUAUGACCUUAAAGGCCAAGAUCACAGAUCCAGAGGUGGUAUUUGUUGCCAACCUGACCAAGGCUGAUGCUCCUGCUCUGACAGCCUCAUUCCAGUGUAAUCUCUCUCUGUCAACAUCGAAACUUGAGCAGAUGAUGGAAGCUUCUGUGAGAGAUCUUAAAGUGCUUGCCUGCCCUUUUCUCAGAGAAAGGAGAGGAAAAAACAUUACUACAGUCUUACAACCCUGUACUUUAUUUAUGGAAAAAUGUACAUGGGCUUCAGGAAAAGAAAAUAUAAAUGUUAAAGUUGAAGAAUUUACGAUUAAGAUUUCACCCAUAAUUCUUAAUACUGUGAUGACAAUAAUGGCUGCUCUGUCUCCGAAGACAAAAGAUGAUGAAUCCAAAGAUACAUCUAAGGAAAUGGAAAAUCUCUGGGGGGUCAAAUCUAUUAGUGAUUAUAACUCUUGGUUUCUUGGAGUUGAUAUGGCAACAGAAAUAACAGAAAAUUUCAAAGACAUUGAAAAUCCAUUGAUAGAGGAAAAUUGUACUGUUGUUAUAGAGUCAGUUCAAGUUACCUUAGAAUGUGGCCUUGGGCAUCGAACUGUGCCUUUAUUAUUGGCAGAGUCUAAAUUCUCAGGAAAUAUUAAAAAUUGGACUUCCCUAAUGACUGCUGCUGCUGACAUGACAUUAGAGGUUCAUUAUUACAAUGAGACCCAUGCUGUUUGGGAGCCACUGAUUGAGAGAGUGGAGGGGAAGAGACCAUGGAAUUUAAGGCUUGCUGUAAAGAAGAAUCCAGUCCAGGAUAAAAGUUUGAUGCCAGGAGAUGAUUUUAUGGUACUUCCUGAGCCUCAAACAGAAGUUAACAUUUCUUCAGGAGAUACAAUGAACAUAACAGUAUCCAAAAGUUGUCUCAACGUUUUCAACAAUUUAGCAAAAGGCUUUUCGGAGGGCACUGCUUCUACUUUUGACUAUUCUUUAAAAGACCGGGCUCCUUUUACAGUAACAAAUUCUGUAGGUGUUCCCAUUAAAGUGCAGCCUAGUCAUAAUCUCAAAGUGAUGGGCUCCCUUGAGAAAAGUGAUGUAUGUGAUGUUGGUGCUGGUCAGAGUCUGGAAUUGGAAUAUGCCAACGUGGAGCCUUCACAUCAAGGGAAACUCUCUAUCCUGAGCCGUCAGGAAAGCUCCCUCUUCACUCUGACAUUUGCACCUCAUGGAUAUACAGAAGUUGCAAAAGUCCCUGUGGCCAGACCUGGACGGCGGCUAUAUAAUGUGUCGAAUCCUAAUGCCAGUCAUUCCAACUCACUCGUGGUACAAAUUGAUGCAACUGAAGGGAAUAAAGUAAUUACCCUUCGUUCUCCCCUGCAGAUUAAAAACCAUUUCUCGAUUGCAUUCAUCAUCUAUAAGUAUGUUAAGAAUGUUAAGCUGUUGGAACGCAUUGGAGUAGCCAGACCUGAAGAGGAGUUCCAUGUUCCUUUAGAUUCAUAUAGAUGUCAGUUGUUUAUUCAGCCAGCUGGUAUAUUAGAGAGUCAAUACAAAGUAUCCACCACCUAUAUUUCCUGGAAGGAAGAGCUUCAUAGAAGCAGGGAAGUCAAAUGUAUACUUCAGUGUCCAUCAACAGAAAUCAACUUCUUACCUCUCAUAGUCAAUACAGUUGCUGUGCCUGAUGAACUAAGCUAUAUAUGUGCACAUGGGGAAGACUGGGAUCCAGCUUACAUCAUUCAUCUUUAUCCUACUGUCACUUUGAGGAAUUUUCUCCCAUAUUCUCUAAGAUAUUUACUCGAGGGAACAGCAGAAACUCAUGAACUAGCAGAAGGCUGUGCUUCUGAUGUUCUACACUCAAGAAUCAGUGGAGAAAUAAUGGAAUUAGUUCUGAUGAAAUAUCAGGGCAAAAACUGGAAUGGACAUUUCCGUAUCUGUGAUACACUUCCCGAAUUCUUCCUUGUGUGUUUUUCUUCUGACUCCGCAGAAACGUUAACAGUUGACUUGUCAAUACAUGUCAAGCGAAUUGGCAGCCAGAUGGAGCUGUCCAUCUUUAGUCCCUACUGGCUAAUCAACAAGACUUCUCGGGUUCUCCAAUAUCGUUCGGAAGAUAUUCAUGUGAAGCAUCCAGCUGAUUUUAGGGAUAUUAUUUUAUUCUCUUUCAAGAAGAAGAACAUUUUUAGUAAAAACAAGGUACAAUUAAAAAUUUCAACUAGUUCCUGGUCUAAUAGUUUUUCAUUGGAUACAGUGGGAAAUUAUGGGUGUGUGAAGUGUCCUGCCAACAAUAUGGAAUACCUGGUUGGUGUUAGCAUCAAAAUGAGCAGCUUUAAUCUUACACGAAUAGUUACUUUGACUCCUUUUUAUACCAUUGAGAACAAGUCAUCCUUAGAAAUAGAAGUUGGUGAAAUUGCAUCUGAUGGCUCAAUGCCAACUAAUAAAUGGAACUAUAUUGCUUCUUCAGAGUGCCUUCCAUUUUGGCCUGAAAAAUUUUCAGGCAAACUUUGUGUGAGAGUGGUGGGCUAUGAGGAAUCCUCCAAGCCGUUCUUUUAUAACCAGCGGGAUAAUGGCACUUUAUUGAGCCUAGAAGAUCUGAAUGGGGGUCUCUUGGUGGAUGUCGAGACUGCUACACAUUCAACUGUCAUAAGCUUUUCUGAUUACCAUGAGGGAUCUGCACCUGCCCUUAUAAUAAACCAUACACCAUGGGACGUUCUCACAUAUAAACAGAGGGGGUCACAGGAAGAAAUGGUACUGCUGCCAAGGCAAGGUCGACUCUUUGCCUGGGCAGACCCUACUGGUACCAGAAAACUUACAUGGAGUUAUGCAGCAAACAUUGGGGAACACGAUCUGUUAAAGGAUGAAUGUGGACAGUUUCCAUAUGACGCAAACAUCCAGAUACACUGGGUAUCAUUUCUAGAUGGGCGCCAGAGAGUUUUGCUUUUCACUGAUGAUGUUGCCUUGGUUUCCAAAGCACUGCAGGCAGAAGAAAUGGAGCAAGCCAACCAUGAAAUAAAUUUUUCUCUCCAUAGUCUUGGCCUUUCACUGGUUAACAAUGAAAACAAGCAAGAAGUUUCAUACAUUGGAAUAACCAGUUCCGGUGUUGUUUGGGAGAUGAAACCAAAGCAGAAAUGGAAGCCCUUUAGUCAGAAGCAAAUAAUUUUGUUGGAAAAGUCCUACAAGAAAUAUCUAGAAUCAAGAGAACAUGGCUGGAUUAAAGUAGAUGAUAAUUUUGAGGUGAAUUUUGGCAAAGACCUAAUGGAAAUGCGCCUCCCAUUUCGGUGCCCUAUAAAGCGAGAUUUUUUAUCAGGAAUUCAGGUUGAAUUUAAGCAGUCUCCUCACCAAAGAAGUUUAAGAGCCAGGUUGUACUGGCUUCAGGUCGAUAGUCAGUUACCAGGUACAGUGUUCCCUGUUGUAUUUCAUCCUGUGGCCCCUCCAAAAUCUAUUGCCUUGGAUUCAGAGCCCAAACCUUUCAUUGAUGUGAGUAUCAUCACGAGAUUUAAUGAGUACAGUAAAGUCUUACAGUUCAAGUAUUUUAUGGUUCUCAUUCAGGAAAUGGCCUUAAAAGUUGAUCAGGGGUUUCUAGGAGCUAUUACUGCACUGUUUACUCCAACAGCUGAUCCUGAAGCUGAAAGAAAACGGACAGAGUUAAUCCAGAAAGAAUCUGAUGCUCUAAACACAGAAUUAGUGGAGACUUCAGUGACUGAUACAUCCAUUCUUAGUUUCUUUGAGCACUUCCAUAUUUCUCCUAUUAAGUUGCAUUUGAGUUUAUCUUUGGGUUCUGGUGGUGAAGAAUCAGACAAAGAAGAACAGGAAAUGAUUCCAAUUCAUUCCAUCAACCUGCUAUUGAAAAGCAUAGGUGCUACUCUGACUGAUGUGGAUGACCUUAUAUUCAAAUUGGCUUAUUAUGAAAUUCGAUAUCAGUUUUACAACAGAGAUCAACUCAUGUGGAGUGUUGUUAGACAUUACAGUGAACAGUUCUUGAAGCAGAUGUAUGUCCUUGUAUUGGGCUUAGAUGUGCUUGGAAACCCAUUUGGAUUGAUUAGAGGCUUGUCUGAAGGAUUCGAAGCUUUAUUCUAUGAACCCUUCCAGGGUGCUGUUCAAGGCCCUGAAGAAUUUGCUGAGGGGUUAGUAAUUGGAGUAAGAAGUCUCUUUGGACACACAGUAGGUGGAGCAGCAGGGGUUGUAUCUCGAAUCACUGGUUCUGUUGGAAAAGGUUUGGCAGCAAUUACAAUGGACAAAGAAUAUCAACAAAAAAGAAGAGAAGAGAUGGGUCGGCAGCCUAAAGAUUUUGGUGACAGCUUGGCCAGAGGGGGAAAGGGCUUACUGCGGGGAGUUGUUGGUGGAGUGACCGGCAUAAUAACAAAACCUGUAGAAGGUGCCAAAAAGGAAGGAGCUGCUGGAUUCUUUAAAGGAAUUGGUAAAGGGCUUGUGGGUGCUGUGGCUCGUCCAACUGGUGGAAUCAUUGAUAUGGCCAGCAGCACCUUCCAGGGAAUUCAGAGGGCUGCAGAGUCAACCGAGGAAGUGUCCAGGCUCCGUUCCCCUCGUCUGAUUCAUGAAGAUGGUAUCAUCCGCCCUUAUGAUAGACAGGAAUCUGAGGGCUAUGAUUUAUUUGAGCAAGAACUGGAAGUACAGGAGUAAAUGUUUCCUAUACUACUACUUGAUUUCAUCCUUAAAAAAAUCAAAACAAACUGUGGUAUUAACAAACUGUGACAUGAUUUACUUAGAGUGAGAGUCCAUUUUAAUGAAAUUUUCUUUACAUUUCUCACUUCUCUCUGAACUUUUUAUUGUAGUGGCUUGACUACAGACAAAAAAUGGCAAUACUCCUGAUAAUACUCUACAGUAAUAAGAGAUCAAUAUAAAAGAUGAAAGGAUGCAGGAAAUCAACUCUUUUUUACAUUUAGUAGUUGGAACACUUAAUUGAGCUCACAAACAGAUACUUUUACUAUCAUUUUGAAAAUUUCAUCUUAUGAUAUUCAUAUGCAUUUUGAGUAAAGUUGGAAAAAAAAGAACUGUUCUUAUGUUCACUCCAUCAUGUGUUGUUUAUGUAUUUGAAUCCUGAGAGCAGAAUUACAUAGAUAUUUUCACAUAUCACCCUAAAUUUACUCAAGUUAUGGAACAUUGACUGGGCGUAUGUUUUAGUAAAUGAUGUAUCAUUUGCUCUGGGUCUCUCCCUAGACCUCAAAUAAGUGUUGGCACAUGAAUUUUAAGAAUAUGUUCCCUUAAUGUCUUUUUCUUUUUUUAACUCCUUGGUAAUCUUGCUAGAUAAAUGGAAAUUAUUUUCUAAUUAUGUUUUAUGCAUUCUUAGCCAUUAGUAUUUAUACUUUUUAAGGAUUAAGUCUCCUUGUUGGUUAUGCUUAUUUCACAAUUAUUGGUUUAAUUAAUGUAAAUAGAAGUUGAACAUAUAAUUAAGCAAUUAUGUGGGUUUUCAGUGUAUAGAUAUUUUUAUUUUUAAAAACAAACCCUUUUUGUUUUUAAGUUCUGAGAGAGAGGAUUCAUUGUCUUAAUGAAAACAAAAACAUUAUAAAUUAUCAUUCUGAAAUUAGUGGCCCCAUAGUUAAUUUUCAGUGUAAGUUAUAUUUUGAUUUCUCUUUUUAUAAAUGAUGGAAAUGUUUGAUUUAGAAGGGUCUUAUCUAGCAACUUUCAUGAUACCUACCAAAAUUGAAACCAAAGUAUAAACUUAGAUUUAACGUGUUGUACAUUUGAAAAGAAUGAAACUGUUAACAUAAAACUGUUCAGUUGGAUUACAUAUUUUAUUUUAUUUUAUUUUUGAGUUUUUACCUUUUAUUUUUAUUUUUUUUUUUCCUACUGUACAGCAUGGUGACCCAGUUACACAUGCAUGUGUAUAUUCUUUUUUCUCACAUUAUCAUGCUCCAACAUAAGUGACUAGACAUAGUUCCCAGUGCUACACAGCAGGAUCUCAUUGCCAAUCCAUUUCAAAGGCAAUAAUCUGCAUCUGUAAACCCCAAGCUCCCAAUCCAUCCCACUCCCUCCCCCUUGGCCACCACAAGUCUAUUCUCCAAGUCCAUGAUUUUCUUUUCUGUGGAAAGGUUCAUUUGUGCCGUAUAUUAGAUUCCAGAUAUAAGUGAUAUCGUAUGGUAUUAAUCUUUCUAUUUCUGACUUACUUUACUCAGUAUGAUAGUUGGAUUACAUAUUUUAAACUGUAGUUAUCAAAAGAACACACUGAAUGCUUCAUAUUUAAGACAAGCACUUUAAAGAAGCAAGAAUGACAUCCAAAGAUCAGUCUGAAACUGCAGCUGACAAACUUUUCUUGUGCCUAGAUAAUUGAGAGUUGGCAAACAUGUCACCGCAUGUACAGUUUCUAUGAGAAUCAAGCACAAUAACUAAUUCAAGAUUCUGUCUUAAAUCAUCACUAAUAGUUAUUCUUCCUUCUUAGGUAAAAGUAAUGGUUUUUAAUUUUCCUGGAUCUAUUGCAAUUUUAAUUAGACUUGACUUGUGUGGAAUCUUCCACCUUGUUAAAUUUUUUCUUUACCUAUUAAUUUCCUUUUUGAUUGUUUAGCUGUUUAUGUUAUUAAUCUUUUCCUUGUGUUUUCCCUUUUUUGCAGUUAUAUGUCAAUAAGCACAACAUUUCAAGAAACUUUAUUAUUUUAUUUAAAUAUAGUCAUCCUGUCUGAUUUAUUUGUUUUUGUUAAGAUAUCAGAACUGGAAGAAAUAGAAUGAACAUUAACUAGGGAACUUGGAAUUUUUUUUCCAUGGUAGCCAGGGUAGGCAUGGAUAAUGGAGAAAUUUAGGCUGUUUCAUCCCUUGUCCAUCUUGCUGUAAUCAGAUGGGUACAAAGUAUUUGAUUAUCCAGGCUGUGCUGGAUAUACAAAAGAAAUGAGACUUCUGUCUUUAAGGGACCAAGUAUAACAAAAAUGUGGAAAGAGUAAAGAGCAUUAGAGGAUAAAAUUAUGUCUUUCUAGUGCUUGUUGUAAUAUGGGUACAUUAUAAAUGAUUUAUUUGAGAAUCUUUUGAUUUAUCUUUUUUUUCCCUCCUGAAUACUGCUCUGUAUUUUUUAAUUUAAUACUUAGCUUUGAAAGUUACUGAACCAUAUAGUGUGUUUUCCACUUAUUCUCUGUUCUCCUAGGAUAAUUACCAUUUACACACACACACACGUAUAUUUAUGAUAUAUAUAUGUAUAAUAUAUAUAUUGCCAGUUUUAAUUUAGUAUUCAUCUUGAUUCACAUAGUUAUGAGUAUAUAAUAUUUAAAAUGGUGUCCCUUGCUCUUUCAUUUUAAUUACAUUUUUCCAUGUUCUUAGAAAUGCUUCAUUCUUAAUUCUUGCCUUACUAUCUGUUGAGGUAGCCUUACAUUGUAUGUUUGACCAUUCCCAUUUUUUGACAUUAAAGUUGUUAUUUUACUAACAGUAAUAAUACUGUGAUAAACAUCAUUAUAUGUGUUGCAUUUUCAUAACUUGUAUUAUUUCCUUAGAAUUUACUUGAAAAAAACUGAAUGCUUUUGCUAAAUAUUGUAAAUUCUUCAAGUUGCAUUUUAGGAAGGGAGGGUAAGUUUUUUAUCAGCUAAUCCACCACAGUGGCAAAACAUCUUAAUCUGAAUCUCAGAAUGUAGUGGGUUUUAGAAGUGUUGAAGGCAAGGUUCCUAUAAUAUUUUAUGGUGAUAAAAUAUACUUUAAAAGCUUCAGUUAUUUAAAGCACAAAACCUGAUAACUAAUGAAAAUGCAUACAAGUGGAAAGUAGGUAGUGUAUCUUGUACAUUGCACUCUAAGUAUUUUAACACAUUUAAAUUUCAAACCUGAAGACAAAUGUACUAAAUUAUUAUAUUUAUUUCCCAAAUUCUCUUUAAAGGAAUUAAGAUAUAAAUGUUACGAGAUUUUAGCUAAUUCACACAGGCAAGAUAUGAAACAAGUGACUGUUAAACUCUGCUUUUCUCUGAGACUCAUUCUGAAGAUGAGACCCCGUUCUUUGGGAAUCAUCUUCCUUGUUCAUGGCUUUUUGUAAUUGUCAAGGAAAGACUGGGAACCAACAGUCUUUAAAAAGUGUGUAUUUUAGUAUGGAAAUGAUAACAAAUGUGCUUUCUCUGCUUGUGAUUAUUUUUGAUUAUGUUAUCCUUUUGAUAAUAUUAAUGUAUUCUUUAUUAUAAAAUGUUAAUAUCCUAUUUAGCAGGUAUGUUUGUGUUUUGUAUUUUCAUAUAUAUUAUCUGACUUUUAAUUAUGCAUUAUAUAUAAUGUCAAUAAUAUUUAGCAUUAAUUAUAAAUUUUUAUUUUUAAUGUAUAUUGACUAAAGUCACAAUAGUUUUGAGAUAGUUGAAAAAAAGAUGUAUUUUAAUGUGCUACUAUUUAUACUUGAAUUAUUUUAUGCUUGUUAUUGUCUUUAGUAAUAAAUUGUGCUAGCUAUUUGAAACUUUAGAAAUUCUUCAUGUUCAUAUUAAGAUCGUUGUUUUCUUUUCUACCAGCAAUAUAAUUCAAUACAUACUUGUACUUCUUAUGUGUAUUUAAUGUAUAAGGCCAAAUACUCAAAAACAUUAAAUAUCAGUUAUCUUGGAAUUUUA